GUUCGUGCACAUGUAGAGUUUCGAGAGAUUAUUUUAGUAAUCUUAUAUUUGCACAAAGUGCGUCAAAGAGAAUAUUUUGUUAUAUUGUUAAUUUUGUUACUUGAGGGAUAAUUCUAACACGGAAUUUUAUUUAUUUAAUCAUAGGUGAUAUUGUGAUACAAAGGGUAUUCACCCUGAAGUACAAAAGGUGCGAACAUUUCGUGAUCAGUAAUCGGUCAAGUGCCAGUGGUUUAAAUGUAACGAUACAAACAUCGUUAAUUUUUUUAUAAAUUGAUAAAUGUAUAUAGAAGAUAGGAGAAAACAUUUAAUAACUAUUGCGUUUAUGAGGAAUCAACUGACAGAGAUCAAUAUACAAAGAAGAUCGGGAAAUUCUUCACGCUAUUGAUGGAUAAAUUCGACAUUUUAAUUAUAAUAAAAAAUAGUAUUUAAAUGGAUCCGAAAAAACAAAUUGAAUCAGCGAAAGAAACAAAUAUCUUGCAUAAAGUAAACAAGAUACAUCAGAUAGGACAUCAAUGCAAAUCCAGCAAUAUCCAGCUAUCACAGACUUCCUCCGAUGUGACCAAGAAAUUGAAUCUUAUGUCACAUCCAACAAUGAAUGUCAUGCGACAUCCUGUAUCACCUGUGGUAAUGCCUGAUAUGCUAAAAGUUCCAUCCAACUUGGGCUUCUCAAAUGUCCCAUGUAAAAAAUUAAGAAUUGUAUCUCGCAACGGUAAAGAUUUGGGAGAAUUCAACGUGGAAAUGCAAAAUAAAAAUUCAUCAAAAGGACAAAUAUUCACUAUCACUAAGUUAAAUAUUUCCAAAUCUGUUUCAAAACCAGUAACACCCACUGUAAUUCCAGUAUCAUUGCAGGCCAUGAAAAGAACAAUACCGCGUAUACUCAGACAAAAGUCUUCAAAUGCAACACGAAAUAAAAUAAUGAGAUUAAUACCUGAAUCAAACAUGAAGUGUGAUAAAAGCAGCGUAUCUUCAAUAGAACCUGUAACAUGCUGUGGAAAUGACCAUUUAACAGAUAUCAGUAAGAAAAUAUCGAUUCAUGAUGAUGAGAUUAAUAGGAAGAAUAUAGAGAAUAGUAACAAUAAAAUAUUAAUUCUUGGAAAUGAGGUGAAUCUGAAAUCAUCUUUAAAUCAAACUGUCAUUGAUAAUAGUCAGAAACAUCAGGAAGCAAAACAUAAACUUAAUAAAUUAGCAAGAAAUGCUGGAUCGGCAAAUAAUGUAAAUACCUCCUUGAAUACUGAAGUUGAAAUACCAACUACUCUGGUGGGAAACAACACAGUUUCUUCUACUACAGGAAAUGUAAGUUAUAAAGAAAUCGCUGAAUCACCAUACCCUAUUGUAAGUUGUCAGAAGCUUAUAUUGAUCGCUAAUAACAAUAAUUCUACACAAGUAAUUAGUAAAAUACAUAAAAAAAAUGAUAACUCUUCCAUAAAGACUACAAAAAUUAUAAAAUGUAAAGCAGAUACUUCUUUGGGUAGUGUAUCAAAUUCCAUGCAAGCCUGCAAUUUGGAGAAUCAAAGAAGCGAUGCUAAAACAGAUAACAUGAACAAUACUGAAAGUAGGGAAGUAAGACUUUUGAGAGUUAGAAAUAAUUCGUUACUAAUCAACUCUGAAAAAAUCAAGCAAGUGGAAGAGACAAAAACACAGAGGGAUAUUAUGACAAUUGUUCCUAAUUGCGAUAAUCUUUCACUUAACAAGAAUGCGUUUUCUACGUGUAGAAAAUACCCAAAUUGUAUCUCAAAUUGGGAGAAGUCGAAUCGGGAAGAAUCUGGAUGUAUCAUUUUACCAGAUGAUACAGAAUCUGUGAACUCGGAUCAUAACAUUUCAAGAUCUGGUGAAGUCGUAACGCUGUCAAACGGAUGGAACAAAAAUUGUUCUAAGGAUAACUUGUUUCAAAAAGAUACAUCAAAAUCAUGGGAUGUUAUCAAGAAAGCGGUGAACAGUGUGAGAGAUGAGGAGUUGCGUGCACAAGCAUUAAAGGCUCUAAUGGAAUGUAGCAUUAGUGUUGAGAGACAUGUCCCGAAACAUCCUCCAGUGGAAUAUAAAUCUGUGCACGACAAGCAAGUGCAAACCUCAGUAUUCAGUCUACUCGAUCCUCAAUUCUUUGUAUUAAUUAACAAGGAUAUAGAAAGUCUUCAACGAUUACAACAUGUCACUCUUUACGAAUCGCCUCAUAUAGAAGAUCCACUUCACGUACAAGACUCACCUCACACGCAAGAUCCUCCUCACAUACAAGAUCCACUUCAUAUACAAGAUUCACCUUGCAUACAAGAUUCGGUGUUGCAAGACAAUUCCGACAAUGGCAAACAACUCCCAUUAUUCAAGAAUUCUGUCAUGUCUGAAGAAAACGACUUCGAUAUAGAUAGUUAUAUAAAUAAGAUUUGCGAGGAAAAUUUAGGUGCUCUCCAAGUGAAGGAAACUUUGUCGACGACAAACGUGAAGUAUCAAAGGAUCAUAGAACAAUUGCAGAAGGACUUCGAACUUGUCAAGAAGUACGAUGAAGAAGGCUUGUUAGGUAUACACAACGCCGUUUUAAAGAAUAACGUCUUCGACGUUCAGAGACAUAUUAUGGUACUCAAGCAGUGUAAAGAAAGCAUCGAUGUAUUUACCGAGGACGGAGUGACGAGUUUGGAGCUGGCGAUAAAAUAUGACAUGCGCGGCGAUAUCGUGAAGCUCUUGUUGCAAUCUGGAGCGCAGCCGGUGAUAUUGCAACCGUUACGUGAAUCGGCGCUGAUUAUAGCCGCCAAGCAAUCGUCGGCGUUACUGCCGAUGCUCGUUAAUCACGUUCCGAAUCCGAAACUACUGAAUCAAGUGGACGCGGAAGGUUUCGCGCCGUUGCACUACUGUUGUCUACACUGUGACGUAGAAGGAGUCACUGCACUGAUAUCAGCUGGCGCGAACGUCAAUCUGAAGGAUAUGAAGUCAGGACGGACGCCGUUGUUCCAUGCCCUGGAAAGCAACAAUCGCAGUAACCGUUCGAAGAUCGUGCAGAAACUCUUGCAUGCCGGAGCUACGACGAGUGUUACGAAUUUCGCGGGAUACACGCCUCUGCCCGUGAUAAACGACGGGAAGAGCGUGCCUUUCAUGAUGGCGUUGAGAAAAGACUCGGCGCAAGCAUCUCCGUCUGCGCAAUAAUUGCGAUUUCAAGCUCCUGAUUGGUUCCUCGCUGCAGCCUUUUAUAUAUGUGAGUUUUAUUUGUACAACUACAUAUAUAUAAUUAUAUGUUAUAUGUGUAAUUGUAUGUAUAUAUAUACAUAUAUAUAUGUUCACAUGGCAUAAAAAUACUGUUGAAUGAAAAACCGAAAAAAUAGUUUGAUUUAAUUAAGCGUACAUCAUAGAUAGCAUAAAUAUAGCAUAAGCAUUUACUUUAAUUAUAUUUGUAUAAUA